GGAAGAUAAAUAGUAGACCUAUGUCCUCCAAAUCAGAACUCAUCUUAUCCUCAUCAUCUCCAGAUUCAAAUCCGAAAAAUCAGCUCUCUAAAUCAUUUCUAGACUUCAAAUUCCAGAACAUUUCUCUCUCCAUCACGAUGUCCCGAUACGCAGACGUUCAUCUGAACACCAGUGGCCCUGGUGAUGCCCGCCCAACAGCCAUUCAAAUUAUCAAGGACGAAGGUGUGGAGGGCAAGCUAAAUGGAAAAGUUAUUGUUAUCACAGGCACUUCGUCUGGAAUUGGUAUUGAGACAGCACGUGCUCUGUCUUUGACUGGCGCAAAGCUGUUGUUGACCGCACGAAACUUGAACAAAGCCAAAACUGCUUUGGAGGGAAUCCUCGAACCAGGACGCGUUGAGCUAGUCGAAAUGGACAACAACUCCCUUAGCAGCGUACGUGCCGGCGCAAAAGAGAUUCUCCAGAAGUCGAACAACCAAGUCAACAUCCUUGUCAACAACGCUGGUAUCAUGGCUCUGCCUAAGCUGGAGCUUACAGAAGAUGGCUUUGAAAAGCAAUUUGGAGUUGAUCAUCUCUCCCAUUUCCUCCUCUUCGAGCUUUUGAAGCCCGCUCUCCUCGCCAGCGCCAGCCCUGAAUUCUCGUCUCGAGUUGUCAUUGUCGCUUCCUCUGCCCAUCACGUAGCGUCAAUCAAUGAAUCAGGCAAUUACAAUUUUGAGAAGACUGAUUACAAUGAAUGGGUUGCAUAUGGACAAGCCAAAACUGCCAAUAUAUACAUGGCCAACGAAAUCGAGCGACGCUACGGAUCCCGAGGGCUUCACGCCACAAGUCUUCAUCCUGGAGUAAUUGCCUCAACGGGGCUCAUGCAGUAUAUGGACACUGCCGUGGUAGAAGAAAUGAAAAAGAAUAAAGAGGCCUACAAAAUGAUGAAGAGCGUAGAGCAGGGUGCUGCAACAACAGUCUGGGCUGCCAUUGGAAAAGAAUGGGAAGAUAAAGGAGGAGAAUAUCUUGCUGAGUGCGGAAAGACAACCCGUGGGAAUGACAAUCACGAGGUUACAGGUACAGGAUUUGCAGGACAUGCUUAUGAUUCUGAGGCUGAGGCUCGACUGUGGAAAGAUUCAUUGGCAAUGGUCGGUUUGACAGACGAUCAGUAGGAUGGUUCUUCUCUCUUGAUUCAGGACCACUGGCGAUUGACAUUUUUCUUAACAUUAUUCAAUGAAUAAUGGAUCAGUCGUACUUUUAACAUUUUUGACUAGUUUAUUGUUCAUAUUCUGUAAUUGUAUUUCAUCUCAAUAA